GAUACGGGUACUGUGAUAUGAGUAAAAAUGUCAAAGAAAUCGCGUAAACUCCCUGAAACAAUAAGUCCCGUGAUUAACGAUUCCCAAAAAUUCUUCAAAGACAUAAAAAUAUUUAUCUUAAGUGCAGGAAUAGAAAAAGCUCGCUGUGAUAUUUUUCGAAAGCAGUCGGAAAAAUAUGGCGGCGUACUUUUAUCAGGAGUGGGUGAAAAUGACAAGCCGGAUUAUAUUGUUGUUGAUGAAAAAAUGGAACUGGAUCGAAUGUGUAGACUUCUUAAAAUAGAUCAACCUCUUGCAGGUGUUAAAGUUGUUAAAACAUCUUGGUUAAGUGACUGUAUAAAACAAAAACAAUGUGUAGACUCCACUUCAUAUGAAUUGGAUUUAUCCCCGUUGAUUCGAAAAAGAAAACAAGAAUUCGAAAAUGAUUCGGAAAAAGAAGACGUUAAGGAUGGCGGGUCUGAAAACAAUAAAGAACAUAAGCCAGUAAAAAUGUGGCACAGCUACAAGAGACCAAAGGUAGAGGUGGAGGAAGGGGAGGAUCCAGACAGUGAUUACGCUCCCAGUGAUGGGGAGGAUCCAGUGUCUGUUCAGGGGCCCAGUACCAGCACCACGUCAUCUACCUCACCAGAGAAACUUAUAGCUAAAGGACAAUGGAUAUGUACCCAGUCAUCAAAAAAUGUAUCAGAAAAUUUGAAUGAGCACAUCACUAGCAAACUUGAGGAAAUGGUGAAGAAGUACCAGUCCACAAGUGAUCAGUGGAGAGCAUUUGGUUACCAGAAAGCCAUCCAGGCUCUCAGAAAACACCCCAAACCAAUCACUUCAUGGGAGGAGGCGAGAGCCCUGCCAGCUGUAGGAGCCAGAUUAGCCGACAAAAUCUGGGAAAUUGCGGAGAGUGGAGAGCUCCGAAAACUAAAUGAAUUUAAUGCUGAUGAAGACAUCAAAGUCAUAGAGCUGUUUACCAAUGUGUGGGGAGCAGGGGCCCAUACUGCAAGGCAGUGGUUUCAACAGGGAUUUAGAACUCUAGAUGACCUACGGACAAAAGCCAAGUUGACCCACCAGCAAAGGAUUGGAUUGAAGCAUUAUGACGAUAUCCUGGAUAGAAUGCCAAGAACUGAGGCAGCAGCCAUAGAACAAGUGGUGAGGGAGGCAGCAGAGAACCUUGUUCCGGGGGUCAUUGUACAAUGCUGUGGGUCGUAUCGCCGAGGGAAACUGACCUGUGGGGAUGUGGAUGUAUUGGUGACCCACCCUGAUGGGAAGUCCCACAAAGGACUGUUCUCCAAACUACUGGCCAGGCUGAAGGAGAGUGGUAGGUGCUCUUAUUAA